AAUCAAUGUGUUCCUAUUGCUGUAUUGAUCAAAACACAAAGAACAACGCAAUAAAGUUGAAACUACCAUUAAAGCACCUUAGGAACUUAAAUCCAUAACGGGGAUUGAAAUGGAACCUUAGAAUCUACACGUAACACACCAUACGGUUAGUGAUAUGAACAUGUUAUCUCGAUAUGAGUGCUACUGAAAGUAAAGAUGGAGGUGAUGCCAUCUUGGAACGUAUGAACAACAACCAAGUGAUGGGGAUUUAUGGUACCAGAAAAUGGAGAUUCCUGUUUUUAACAUUUGCCCUUAUCAUUAUGAUUUACGCCUUCGAUGUACUACUAGACCUGCGUCAAUUUGCACCAGUAGGAAAUCACAGAAAUUGGACAAAGUUUGGAUAUGACCGUCAGGCUUCAGUCCACGGGCGUAUGAAAUGCAAACAAUUUACAGCAGAACUUCCAAAUAUUACAAGAGAGCGUCACGCGCUGGCUCCCGAUGCAUUUUAUAAUUUAGUAUUUAAUAACACUUACUUGGAUGAGAUCGAGUUUAUUCAUAAAGCGCAUGGUAUAUGUGAUCGAGAAAAUGUUGGGGAAUUUCUGUUUAUGGUAAAACUUAUAAGCGAUGCAACAGAAACGGCUGCUUCGUUCCGGCAUGCAAUACGGAAGACAUGGGGUAGUGUAAGGAAAAGGUCACGCUGGAGCAUCCGUGUUGUGUUCGCAAUAGGACAAACUGAAAAUACGACACGCACGAAUGCAAUCGAUAAGGAAAGUAGGAGAUAUGGAGAUAUCGUACAAGGCACAUCUGCCGAUUCCUAUCUGAAACUUGCAGAUAAAACAAUCAUGUCUUUCAGAUGGCAACAAGAGUAUUGCUCAAAUGCGAUGUACGUCUUUCAUGGUACACACGAUAUUGUUGUUAACAUGGACAAACUUAUUGCAUGGGUUGAUGACUUUUAUUUACAUAAUACUUCUUCUGAACGGGUAUAUUUUGGAUAUCCUAUGUUCAAUCCAAGGAUUCUACACGAGGGUAUUUAUAAAUUGUAUUCCCCUGUCCAAUGGCCAGCUGGUAAAUACCCUUUUUACCACCCUGGUCAUGGGAUAAUUUACUCUAUGUCAUUUAUACGUCAAAUGAACGCUAUGUUCUGCAGAACUCCCAUAACCAACCCAGAUGACUGCUAUCUCGGAGCAAUUGCGGAAGCCAUGGGAGCAAAAGAAUAUUACUUCAGAAACUUCCAUGCCGAUUACAAUGGAAAAAUAAACAAAAAUGUUGUAUAUUUACAUUUGGGUCACACGGGUAAAAUGAAGCGUAAUGAAACAGAAAUGUACGAAUGGAUGGCUGAAAUAUACAAUGGUUUUAUAAAGUGACUUCAGUCUAUAUCUAGGAUUAUGUAAAAUUAUAAUAUCAGUUAACAUUACAUCAGAUUUUAUACGGGACGAGUACAGGACGAGUAUUAUUAGAUAUUGUAGCAAUGAUCAAUAUCAAAAGGGUGUCUCACAAAAAUGUACCUAAAAGUAUAUCAACAGUCCAG